CAAGUAGACUCUCGCGAGCGCGAGACACGAGAAGGAUGAAUUACAAUCACAGCUUCAAUUGCGGACUGAUAGCGAAACGGAGUGGAAGGCUAAGCACGCAAGUCUUGAAGAGCAACACUCAUCCCUCCAAGAACGUAUCCACUCUGCCAGCCAAGAUCGUGAUGCGUUGCUUGAAGAGCGCGCGUCACUCCAGUCUCAGGUUAACUUCAACCAAAGCGCGAUUAAGCAGCUUCAGCAAAAGCUUGGUGAGGUCGCAUCGGAGUUAUCGUCGAGCGACCGUGCUCUUCAGAAUGCCCAUAGCGACCUGAGGGCUGCCAAUCGGCGAGCUGAAGAAGCCGAGAGGACGCAGAAAGAUCUACAGACAGAGGGCACAAGGUUGAUGCAAUCUCUGGAUGAGAUGCGACCCAAGUUUGUGGAGCUUACUUCCACCAAAUUGGAUUUGAUGGAACGAAUCGACAAGCUUGAGCAUGAAAAAACUUCACGAGAUGCUUUCAUCUCGAAACUCGAAAAUGCGCUUAGCGAGGCGAUGGAGCGGGAGGCCGAGGCGGCUCAAACUCGCAAAGAAGCAGACUCGUUGCAUGAGAAGGACAAAGUCUCACUGCAACAGUCGAUCGUUGAGCUACAGCAGGGCUACGCCGAACUGCAGGCCGAACUAGAGUCAUCCCAGGCGGCAGUGUUCAAUUUGGAGGGGGACCGUGCGCAGCUGCGAAAAAAUGAGACGCGUCAGCUAGAAAUCAUUGACCGGCUCUCCGUGGAAUCCGAUCAGCACUCGCAAGUAAUGUCCCACUUGGAGUCGGACCUUCGGUCAUACAGGAACCUUGACGAGGAACACCGUGCCUUCAUUGAACGAUCCAACUACGAGCAUGAAGCUCUGCAGGCAGAAUUGAACGCCAAGGAUAAUGAGAUAGAGCACCUUCGAACCUCUUCAUCAGACGAGGCUGCUCCUCGUUCACUGGAUGACGAGAUGAUCAGUGCACUCAGAGUCCAACACGCUAUGGAUCUCUCCAAUGCCAACUCCCAAAUUCGCACUUUGGAGACCACCGUCUUCGAAGCUCAGGCAAAGUCGCAUAGCCUGCAGAAGCAAAUCAACAUCUUGGAGGAUCAGCUCGCACAACAGCGCUCCACGUCGAGAGCGACUUCAAGACCGUUUUCUCCCGGAGUGCCAGGCAGACCCUCCAGUCGCACCCUUAAUCCCAUUGAUUUACGACGUGGGUCUUUCACUCACAAAUCAAGCAAUCUCGCCCCACCUUCCCCACGGACUGUCUUUGACGUUGGACUUUCACCUGAAACUCGUCACAAGCGUCAAGUUAGCCUUGGCAUGUUAAAAGCGCGCAUUGAUAGUGAGGUUGCAGCAUCAGCUGGUGGUUAUCCUUCGUCGCGACAGCUUUCGCCUGUUCCACAAGGUAACGAAGUAUCGGGACAGGAGCCCGACUCUCCUUCCUGGCAUGCACAGCACAUACACCGGCGACCACAGUUUAUGGACGAGUCUCACAUAUUCUGGUGUCAUUCGUGUGAUGGAGAGCUAGUUAUUCUAUGAAAUACCUGUUAUUAGUUGCAUCUAACACAUCUAGACUACAAAGUUUGACUUUCCGAUACCUGUCAUUCAUAAUAUUACGUUGAGGUUAACGUUCAAA